AUGAGCAAGCUGUUGAUUCUUGCUGGGUUGGCCCUCCUGCUGCAGCUGGGCACAGCAACCAAAAUUGUCUGUUACUUCACCAGCUGGAGCCAGUAUCACCCGGGGAUUGUGCACUACAUGCCUGAGAAUGUGGAUCUUUGUCUCUCCAUACAAAUUAUCUAUGCCUUUGCUGGCAUGGCCAACAACCAGAUCAAAACCAUUGAGUGGAAUGAUGAGGCCCUCUCUGUUGGCAUCAAUAGCCUCAAGAACUACAACACGGAACAGAAAGCCCUGCUGUCUGUUGGUGGCUGGAAUUUUGGAACCCAGGGAUUCUCUAACAUGGUGACCAUUGCUGAGAACCACCAGACCUUCAUCCAGUCGGCCAUACAGUUUCUGAAGAAGUACAACUUCGAUGGGCUGGACAUUGAUUGGCAGUAUCCUGGCAAUCAUAGCAGCCCAGCAGACACACAACAACUCUUCACUGUACUGUUACAAGAAAUGUAUGAAGCUUUUGAGCAAGAAGCUUUCCAGAGCAACAAGCCCAGGUUGCUGAUUUCUGCUGUUGUGUCGGCUGGCAAAGGUACCACUGAGACUGCCUACCAAAUCCCCGAGAUGUCUAGGUACAUGAACCUCAUCAACCUGAUGACCUAUGACCUAAGGGGUUCCUGGGAAGAUUUCACAGGAGAGGACAGCCCCCUGUUUGCAGGACCCAAUGACCAGGGAGUCUACAAAUACUUUAAUGCCGAAUACGCAAUAAAUUACUGGAAGAACCAAGGUGUCCCUGCUGAGAAGCUGAUGGUGGGCUUUGGUGCUUGUGUCCGCACUCUCACUCUCACAAACCCUGCCCACCAUGGCCUGGAUGAUCCCACCUCUGACCCUGGAACAGCUGGGGCGUAUACUCAGGAGGCUGGAACUCUAACCUACUUUGAGGUCUGCUCAUCCCUGAAAGGAGCCACCAAAGUGUGGAACGCCCCUCAGGAGGUCCCCUAUGCCUACAAGGGGAACCAGUGGAUUAGGUAUGACAAUCCCAAGUGCUUCACCCUCAAGGCUGAGGGGCUGCUGAAGAACAGCUUUAGAGGGGCCAUGGUCUGGGCCAUCAACCUGGAUGACUUCAUGGGCACUUUCUGUGGAAAAGCUGGAAAAUGCGACUCAAAGCAGGCAGUGUGGCUCCAGGUGUCUGUGAUCUUAUCCCGCACUCUGCUGUCCUUUGGGCCCAACUACACCCGGAGACCACUCCUCAUUCCCAGCCCAGGUGCUAGCCUUUCGGAUCUUACACUGAAGGGAGGGAAAAACAGAGUGAAGCAGUGUCUGGUUCCCCCACCGCGGCCCCUGGCCCUCAACGCGCACGGGCCUCAAGAAGCGGUGCGGAGAGGACAGAGCACAGCCCGCAGGUGGCGACAGACCCGUCAGUCCCAGGAGGAGCAGGGCAGGACAGUCCCGGAGCCAUCCGCACCUGCAGCAUCUGCGCAGGACCGUGACGAUGACUGCGGCACAACGGAUGGCCGGGUGGAGGACCGCAGAGCUAAGGUGACUCGAAGGAGGCGCCAAAAUCUCCACUUAGGUGAUGAGGGGAGCGCAGGCCGCGCGCUUGCUGGCCCUCAAGGACCGGAACCGAUAGAGUGGGGCAGGCCCUUGGGGGAAACCCCCAGCCUUGCUUCCGGAAGGAGGACGCACUCUCGGGGCAAUGGACCGUCAAGUGACACUCAGCGCGUUGGAGACGUCGGGGAUCAACGCCUUCUGCAAUUUACAAUUCUCGUAGCUACGCCCUUCACUCGCUGCUAA